CUGAAGUCUCGACCUUGUUGAUCAGGGUCACAGCGCUGAAGACAAAUCUCACCUAGUUAUGGAUUAUUAUACUCAAGAAGUUCCAAGCCCUUCGUCAAAACCAGAGUUUCUUCGUUUCUGCGAAGUGAAGAUACAACAUUUGUACGAUGUAUUGACCCCUUAUGCAGUCGGAAGAUGGUGCUUUACUGUUCUUCUCAUCUUCUUCUAUAUAUUACGUGUUAUCAUCACACAGGGUUAUCACGUGGUUACGUACGUGAUGGGAAUAUUUCUUCUGAACAGACUAAUUGAUUUUCUUUCGCCCAAAAUUGUACCUGAAACUUCCACUGAUGAAGUACUUCCAACCAAGUCAUCGGAAGAGUUCAGGCCUUUUUUAAGGAAAUUACCUGAACUUAAGUUUUGGAACUCAUGUACCAUAUGUUUAUUUAUAUCUAUAUUCUGUACAUUUUUGAGCUUUCUCGAUGUACCUGUGUUUUGGCCGAUCUUAGUGAUGUACUUCUUUUUGCUGUUUUACGUGACUAUGAAGCGUCAAAUAUCGCAUAUGAUCAAAUACCGUUACUUACCAUUCACCUAUGGGAAACCACGUCAUCAGUCCAAUGGAAUGAGAUUUUAAAAUGAAUUCAACUUAUAGACAUUUACAAUAUGUAAACAAAAUUUGAAAUUUUUUGUUAUAUAUCAUCAUUCUAAACGACUCAGUACUUAUUUUUAUGUACUGUUUUUUGUACUUUUGUGAUGAGUCCUACUCGUUCGUGUGAGUAUAGAUAGUGCUCAUUUUCCUACUUAAGGUAUACACUUAAUUUAUGCUUAACAACAGAUGUAAAAGAGUAAUAUAAUUGACUUUAAUCAAACUUCUAUUUGCAUGUCUUUCUUUCCCUGUUACUUGUCAAUUUUCUCCUGUUUUCUGUUUUAUUUCACAAGAAUCUAAAAUCCCAAACUAGUA